GAAGACUAUAACUCAAGUCAUAUUUCAAUUCUAUUUUACCUCGUCAUGGCCGUCGGGCUGUUUGACGCCCGCCAAACACCAUGAGAAGUGGAGAUGUGUUCGUUGACUCCACAUCUCAACCGCUUCUCAAAGCUAUCAACUCUCACUUGGUGGAACUCCAGCAUAAGAGGCGCUGUGAAUCAAGGCAAUGCCAGCAAAGCCCUCGCUCUUUUCCAUCAAUUGAAGCUAAAUGGUCUACAACCAAACAAUUUUACAUUUCCCUUCUUAGCAAAAGCUUGCGCCAAGCUCUCACAUCUUACUAACUCCCAAAUCAUCCAUACCCAUGUUGUCAAAUCCCCAUUUUACUCUGAUAUCUAUGUCCAGACGGCCAUGGUUGAUAUGUAUGUCAAGUGUGGUAAAGCGGAGGAUGCAUAUAACUUGUUUGAUAAAAUGCCUGUUAGGAAUAUUGCAUCAUGGAACGCUAUGAUUAUGGGUUUUUCUCAAAUCGGCUCACUUGAUAGAGUGUUCAAUCUGUUUAUGGGGAUGAGAUUAGUGGGAACUCGGCCAGAUGCUGCUACUGUCAUUGGAUUGACUCGAGCAGUUUUAUCUGCCAAAAGUUUAAGGUUUUUAAAAGCUGUUCAUGCUAUUGGGAUUGAAACAGGAUUAGAUGCUGACAACUCAGUUUCUAACACUUGGAUUUCUGCCUAUUCCAAAUGCGGUGAACUGCAGCUUGCAAAGAUGGUGUUCCAUGGAAUUCAAAAGAAUGCAAGAUCUUCUGUCUCAUGGAAUUCAUUGAUUGCAUGCUAUGCUCACUUUGGGAAAAAUGUAGAUGCUGUAAAUUCUUACAAAGGAUUGCUCUGUGAUGGUUUUAAGCCUGAUGCAUGUACGAUUAUUAGCUUGCUUUGUUCUUGCCAGCAACCUGAAGCACUAAUUUACGGUUCCCUUAUUCAUGGCCAUGGUUUCCAAUUAGGUUGCGAUUCAGAUAUUUCUUUAAUUAACACCCUUAUAUCAAUGUAUUCAAGGUGUGGAGAUAUUAGUUCUGCUACAAUUUUGUUUGAUGGUAUGUCUAUUAGAACUUGUGUUUCAUGGACGGCCAUGAUUAGUGGGUAUAGUGAGGUGGGCCGAGUUGAUGAUGCCUUGGUAUUAUUUAAUGCUAUGGAAGAAACUGGAGAAAAACCUGAUAUAGUUACUGUUCUUUCCCUCAUAUCAGGUUGCGGUAAAACAGGCGCACUUGGGCUUGGACAUUGGAUUGACAACUAUGCAUCUUUACAUGGGUUGAAAAAAGAUGUGGUAGUUUGUAAUGCAUUGAUAGACAUGUAUGCAAAAUGUGGGAGUUUGAAUGAUGCUCGAGAGGUAUUCUACAGUUUGCCUAAUAGAACUGUUGUCUCUUGGACAGCCAUGAUUGCAGCUUGUGCUCUGAAUGGGGAAUUUAGAGAAGCUUUAGAUCUCUUCUCACUGUUGUCAGAGUCAGGAAUAGAGCCAAAUAAUAUCACGUUUCUAGCUGUUCUUCAAGCUUGUUGUCAUGGAGGCUAUCUCGAGAAAGGAAGGGAAUGCUUUAUGAUGAUGACUGAAAGAUAUGGUAUAAAUCCUGGUCUGGAUCAUUAUUCUUGCAUGAUCGAUCUUCUUGGAAGGAAAGGGAAGCUAAUUGAAGCAUUGGAGGUUAUUCAAGAUAUGCCUAUGAAACCUGAUGAGGGCAUAUGGGGUGCAUUGCUCGGGGCUUGUAAGAUUCACAACAACAUGGAAAUCGGUGAGUAUGUGUCUCGUCAUCUCUUUGAAUUACAGCCGCGGGUUGCAGCUUCAUUCGUUGAGAUGGCAAAUAUAUAUGCAUUAGUUGGAAGAUGGGAUGAAGUCGCUGCUAUGAGAAAAAGGAUGAGAUCAAACCAAAUGAGGAAAUCCCCUGGGAAAAGCGUUGUUCAAGUGAAUGGAAUGUCUCACGUGUUUUUUGUUGAGGACAGAAGCCAUCACGACAGUUUGCUUAUUUAUGAAGCGUUGGGAAAUUUAGCAAUGCAGAUGAAACAAAAAGAAUUCUCGUCGCAUGCUCAGAGGAUCAUUGAGCUUGAUACGAUGAAAAGCAAGGAGCCAAGGAGGUUGUCAUUCAAUGUAUGUGGUUUAGUUUCAUAUGAAGUCAAGAGAUGAUAAUGAUAGGCUUUACUUCUAUGAAUAAUAUACACAAAUGUAUUGUUGGGAACUUCAGU